AUGGCACAUCCUCAGCUUGCAGAGGCAGAGGAGUCGCUUUCUUCCUUUGAAGAUAGUCUUAGGUGUCGGAGUAGCUCCAGUGAUAGUAGCUGGAAAAACCUACCUCGUGUUGAAUGGAAACAAUAUAUACGGGCAAACUCUGCGAAGAAGUUUUAUAGAAAGAGUUGGUUCUAUGUCACUGCUUCUCUGCUUGUUCUUGGGGUCAUUGCUACAUUGUCUUGGCUAUCAUUAGCUCUUAGCCUCCCUCAACGUAAUAAACCUAGGGCUUCAUCGAACAGAGUCAAUUCUCUCGUCGAGGAUUGGAAUACACCAGAAGAUUCCGUGGGUCUCCUUUCACCCUGGAAUAUAGACUUUACCAAAGGCAUUGUUCCAUUGCAGUGUCAUUCGCAUAAUGAUUAUUUUCGCGCCGUUCCUCUUUUCGAAGCUCUAGCAGCCGGUUGCACAGGCGUAGAAGCAGACAUACACCUUCCAACAAAAGCAGGCAGUGAAGACCUAUUAGUAGGCCACGCUUCAAGUUCCCUAUCACAAGACCGAACACUCCAGAAAUUAUAUAUUCAACCCCUUAUCACAAUUUUGGAGAACCUGAACAAUGUCUCUGCCGUUUCAGAUGGUAGUAAUUGGAAUGGCAUCUUUCAAUCGAGUCCAAACACCACGCUAAUAGUCCUCCUGGAUUUCAAAUCCAACGGCAUUGAACUCUGGCCUUAUGUAAAUCAGCAGCUUGAGGGUUUCCGGUCCAAGGGCUGGCUUACUCACUGGAACAGUUCAACUGGGAUCACUUGGGCUCCAAUCAUCGUUGUCGCGUCCGGAAAUGCCCCUUUCAAUCUUCUCAAUUCCAACACUACCUACCGCGACAUUUUUUAUGAUGCUCCUCUAGACGAUAUUUCAAACCCCAUCUACGAUAAUACGAACUCGUACUAUGCUAGUGUCUCGAUGCCCCACGCCCUUGGAAAGCAAUGGCUUUGGAAAUUCAGUCCCGCACAGUUGGCGAAGAUGAACAAGCAAAUAAAUGCAGCGAGUAUGAAAGGUCUCAAAGCUAGAUACUGGGAGACACCGACGUGGCCUGUGAAUUUCAAGGAUUAUGUUUCGGGAAUUCUUAUAGAAAACGGGAUUGGGAUGUUGAAUGUUGAUGCUUUCUCUUCUACUUUGUAUUUCCCCUUGCUGACUAAAUUUGGUCAAAAUCGACUUGUAUGGUAA